UCGGGUUAUGAGGACCGUGUUAUCUCCGUGUACUCUUACCCCUCAAAAAGAUGGCCACGGAGGCAGCAACUGGACAGCCUGCAAAUGUUCAGGCAUAUCUUGGGAAGCACAAGAUACAGACUCUAUUUGAAGACCUCACUUCCCUCCUAGUCAAGGAUUUGCCAGAUAAUCCAAUUGAUUUCCUGAUACAAAAACUACAAGCUAAAAAGAAGAAGGUGACAAGUGCAACCGGGCGUACUUCCUCUAGCAAAUCUAUUGACACCACUGGAGCAGCUUCACCAAAAACAGAAAGAAGCAAGCCACCAACUAAACCGGCAACUGGUAAACCAGCAGCAGGAGCUAGUAAACUACCCUCACGACCAAUCACUGCUCCUUCUAAAACUACAGCCUCCAAGCCAGCUUCCAGUGGCCCAGCAUCCUCCAAAUCAGCUACGAGCGUUUCAAAACCUUCAGCUGGUUCUAAGACCACUGCUGGGUCUAAGACAGCCCCUCCUAGUGGCAGUUUAAAGAAGCCGACAGGAGGAGCAGGUGGUGCCAGUAAACCAGCUACUGGUACUGGACCGCCUGGUAAGACAACAACAGCUGCUAAGACAUCAGCUGGAGCAGGAGGUACGCCCAAGAGGCCAGUCAGUUCUUCCAGUAAAUCCAGUACUAGUGGUACAUCAGCUAAAGGCACUAGCACUCCGACUGGUAAAACUGCCUCUAAACUACAAAAACCAGCAACAACCAGGACCCCUCCAACCAACAGGAAACCUGUAGCGAAACCGGUUGCCAAGGUAACGGAAGCCCCACCCCCUGAGUCCACUCCCAAGGACGAUGAAUCUGAGAAGGUCAUGGUGAGUGAUGGAGGAGGAGGAGGAGAUGAUGAAGAUAUACCGGUAAUAACUACUGUCCCUGCUACUGGGGAGGACGAGAGUGAGGAAGAGGGAGAGGAGGGCGGCCAUUUUGAAAGCAAGAAUGACUUGAAUGUCGAUGAUUUGAUUUCAAAGAUUAAAAAGUCAAAACAGCCCAAGAAUUGUAAGGCUCAUUUGGUAGUUCCAAUUAAAGCCCACCCAUCGUCGUCUGAGGGUUACAUUAGUGAAAGUGAUGGCGAUGAGGACGAGCUGGAGGUGGUUGAGAAUGCAGCAGAACUUGAGGAGGAGGGAGUCAUUUUAACUGGAGAUGCUAAGAAGCUGUCAUUAAAAAUGCCUGAGGUGGGCCCUUCUGUUGAUCUACAAGUAUUAAUCUGUGCUCGUUGCUCUAAAAUCAUCUCACAAGGCGAAGAUUAUUCGACGAUAAGUUCGUCUAAACUUACCUCCAUUGACGAGUUUGAGAGUGCCUCACAAGUUGGCGGAACUUCUACCAAUUCGCAGUGGGGGAGUGAGGAAUCUGGAGGUGCUCCUGUUACCCUGAAACAGAAAUGGGCAAUGUCUAAGCCAAUAGUAGCCGACACAUCAAGUGAAGUGACGUCAACAACACAGGACACUUGGAAAGGGGUGGAGCCAAUACCCCGCCCUGAUGUAACCAGUGAAGAGGAGAGUGAGUUAAAAUUACCAGACCCGGUUGAUUAUGAGAAACCGUUGGGAGACACGACUGAAGAAGAGCCAACAAGUCUCAUAAAUUUUGAAGAUUAGAGAGAGGAGGAGAGACAUAAAGACGGUGUACUAUUUCGUUUGUCGUUAUUGAUUGAUUUAUUGAUUUUAGUAGUUGACUGUAGUAAAAUAAUCAUUUUAAAUCAU